CCCUUGAUUCCUUUAGUCCUAAGAGCUCUAACUCUCUCUUGAAUACAUAAUGGACAGAGGACCUUUAACAUGUGAAGUUGCAUGUUAAUAGAAUACAGAACAGGAACAGACCUUUUGGCCCAUAAUGUCCGUGCUGAACUCAAAGCCAAGUUUAAGAAUCUGUCCUGCCUGCUUGCUAUCCAUAUCCCUCCAUUCCCUACAUAUCCAUGUGCCAAUCCAAGAUCCCCUUGAAUACCAUUAUCGUAUCGUACCUGCCCACUUUUGGCCCAAAUCCCUUUAAACCGUUCUUGUCCAUGUACCUGUCCAAAUAGACAAUAGACAAUAAACAAUAGACAAUAGGUGCAGGAGUAACCCAUUCGACCCUUCGAGCCAGCAGCGCCAUUCAAUGUAAUCAUGGCUGAUCAUCCCCAAUCAGUACCCCGUUCCUGCCUUCUCCCCACGUCCCCUGACUCCGCUAUCUUUAAGAGCCCUAUCUAGCUCUCUCUUGAAAGUAUCCAGAGAACCGGCCUCCACCGCCCUCUGAGGCAGAGAAUUCCACAGACUCACAACUCUCUGUGUGAAGAAGUGUUUCCUUGUCUCCGUUCUAAAUGGCUUACCCCUUAUUCUUAAAUGUCUUCGAAAAUGUUGUUCCAUGCACCCACCACCCUCCGUGUCCUGGAAGAAGAGUCUCGACCCGAAACGUCACCCAUUCCUUUGCUCCAGAGACGCUGCCUGUCCCGCUGAGUUGCUCCAGCUUGGUGUUUAUCUUCAAAAUAAUAUGGAUAGCGUGUAGUUUGGAAUGUGGCCGAAGUGAAAUGACAUUUCUUAAGGUGAUGCUGACAGAAACUGACGAGGAUUUUCUCUUUCCAGUCUGUUCGCAGUACUCCAAAGGAGUUUACGCCAUUUUCGGCUUCUACGACAAGAGAUCUGUGAACACGCUAACAUCGUUCUGCGGCGCGCUGCACACUUCCUUCAUCACGCCAAGCUUCCCCACGGAAGGCGAAGUCCAGUUCGUCAUUCAGCUGCGGCCACCACUGCACGGAGCGCUCUUGAGCCUUCUAACACACUACAAGUGGGAGAGAUUUGUCUAUCUGUACGACACAGACCGAGGAUAUUCCAUUUUGCAAGUCAUUAUGGAGGCUGCCGUGCAGAAUAACUGGCAGGUGACGGCCAAGUCGGUCGGCAGCAUCACUGACCUGAUGGAAUACAGACGCAUCUUUGAGGAAAUGGACAAGCGGCAAGAAAGAAGAUAUUUAAUAGACUGCGAAUUGAACAGGCUGAACGCCAUUAUGGAUCAGGCUGUAAACGUUGGCAAAAACAUCAGAGGUUACCAUUACAUGUUGGCCACUCUGGGCUUCUCCGAUCUUGUACUGGACAAAUUUAUUGAGACGGGAGUCAAUGUAACUGGCUUUCAGCUUGUGAAUUACGAGGACCCAAUGGUUCAGAAAUUCAUGCAGAGAUGGACAAAGCUGGAUCAGAGAGAGUACCCAGGAACAGCUGCUACCAAUCUGAAGUUUACCGCUGCCUUGACAUAUGACGGGAUAUUCGUCAUCGCAGACGCUUUUCGUUAUCUACGGAAACAGCGGAUCGAUAUUUCAAGAAGAGUAACUACUGGAGACUGUUUAGCCAACCCUGCCGUACCUUGGAGUCAAGGAAUUGAUAUAGAACGAGCUUUGAAGCAGGUUCGAGGUCGAGGGCUAACGGGCAACCUGCAAUUUGACAACUAUGGGCGAAGAUCAAACUACACCAUCGACGUUUAUGAGCUCAGACCUACUGGUCCUCGGAAGAUCGGGCACUGGAAUGAAUAUGAAAGACUCGUGACUAUUGCCGAAGUACAGCAGGUCAAUGAAUCGACUUCUGCUGAAAACAGAACCAUAGUGGUCACCACAAUCAUGGAAUCACCGUAUGUAAUGCUGAAGAAAAAUCAUGAACAGUUUGGUGCAAAUGAUAGAUAUGAAGGCUAUUGUGUGGAUUUAGCUUUUGAAAUAGCCAAGCAUGUUGGCAUUAAAUAUAAACUCUCUGUUGUCCCUGAUGGUAAAUAUGGAGCUAGAGACCCUGAAACUAAAAUCUGGAAUGGAAUGGUGGGGGAGCUGGUGUAUGGGAGAGCUGACAUUGCUGUAGCACCACUCACUAUAACUUUGGUUCGAGAAGAAGUCAUUGACUUUUCCAAACCGUUCAUGAGUCUCGGUAUUUCAAUAAUGAUAAAGAAGCCCCAAAAGUCCAAACCGGGAGUGUUCUCUUUUCUGGACCCUUUGGCUUAUGAGAUUUGGAUGUGCAUAGUCUUCGCCUACAUUGGAGUCAGCGUAGUCCUUUUUUUGGUCAGCCGGUUCAGUCCUUAUGAAUGGCACAUGGAAGAAAAUGAAGAAGGACGCGAUCCCCAAAACACUGAGCCACCUAAUGAGUUUGGGAUAUUUAAUAGUCUCUGGUUCUCUCUGGGUGCCUUUAUGCAGCAAGGAUGCGAUAUUUCACCAAGAUCUCUGUCGGGGCGAAUUGUUGGAGGUGUCUGGUGGUUCUUCACCUUGAUUAUAAUCUCAUCAUACACUGCCAACCUCGCUGCUUUUCUCACUGUGGAGCGAAUGGUUUCCCCUAUAGAAAGUGCGGAGGAUCUUGCAAAACAAACAGAAAUCGCUUACGGGACUUUGGAUUCAGGCUCCACCAAAGAAUUUUUCAGACGUUCAAAAAUAGCGGUGUACGAGAAAAUGUGGUCCUACAUGAAGUCUGCCGAACCCUCUGUGUUCACCAAAACGACAGCGGACGGCGUCGCCAAAGUGCGGAAAUCAAAAGGGAAGUUUGCCUUCUUGCUCGAGUCGACGAUGAACGAAUACAUUGAGCAGAGGAAGCCCUGCGACACCAUGAAAGUAGGAGGGAACCUUGAUUCGAAAGGCUAUGGAGUGGCAACACCAAAGGGAGCAUCAUUAAGAAAUGCUGUUAACCUCGCAGUGUUAAAACUGAAUGAACAAGGCCUCUUGGAUAAAUUGAAAAACAAAUGGUGGUACGACAAAGGAGAGUGCGGCAGCGGUGGAGGUGACUCCAAGGACAAAACGAGCGCUCUGAGCCUGAGCAACGUGGCUGGUGUCUUCUACAUUUUGGUCGGAGGCCUUGGUCUGGCCAUGAUGGUGGCUUUAAUAGAAUUCUGUUACAAGUCACGAGCUGAAGCGAAGACAAUGAAGGUGGCAAAGAGUGCACAGAAUUUUAAGCCAGCUCCCACACAAAAUACCCAGAAUUUUGCGACAUAUAGAGAAGGUUACAACGUAUAUGGGACCGAAAGUGUUAAAAUCUAGGGGUAGGAGUGAGGUCCUAAUACUGUGAGUGAACCUUGUAACCAAAGGCACUGUGGAUUUAUCAGUUGGCAGUUCUUAUGUUAUUAUGAAGAUAAAAUUGAAUUUGUCUUUUUAACUGAAAUUAAUGUUUAUUCCUUUUUGAAAGUUUUGCUUUGCUAUUAUUACAGCUUCUCAUAACGAACUUUAUAUCAAACGUCACGUACAGUAAACCCUCGUUAUAACAGACCAUGGCGGGAGGGAUAUUGCCGCUUGUCCGCUCUAACUGAGUGAGGGGGGUAGAUAUGAACUGUUUUAACCCAAAGACGGCUGGGUGUCACGGUGGCGCAGCGGUAGAGCUACUGCCUCACACCGCCAGAGACCCGGGUUCGAUCCUGACCACGGGUGCUUGUCCGUACGGAGUUUGCACUUUCUCCCCGUGACCUGCGUGGCUUUUCUCCAAUAUCCCCGGUUUCCUCCCACACUCCAAAGACGUUCGGGUUUGUAGGUUAAUUGGCUUGGUGUAAAUGUAAAACUGUCCUAUGAUGUGUAGGAUAGUGUUAACGUGCGGGGAUCGCUGGUCAGUGGGGACUUGGUGGGCCGAAGGGCUGUACCUCUAAAGUCUAAAACAUUCUAAAGACUCCUGACCUAACCUGUAAUUCUGGCUAUUUUAGUAUAAAAGCAGGGUGUGAAUUUGAUCACUUUUGCAGCUGAAUAAGUGGAAUUAAAUGCCUCAAUAAAAUUCAGAUGAAAGAGGUUAUUUAGCACAAAAAAACGUUAAAUUAACUGUGAAAUUGAACUUGAAUAAUGUCAAGCCUUCUUGAUUUGAGAGCACUAAACUAAACUAAAGAAAUGUGGGAUAGAGGCAAAAUGCUGGAGUAACUCAGCGGGACAGGCAACAUCUCAAUAUAGAAGGAAUGGGUGACGUUUCGGGUCGAGACCCUUCUUCAGACAGGGAUUAAACAAGUGGGAAUUCAUGGGCUGGGGAGCCACAGGGCCCCAGGCCCCACAUGCAGUGCACUGGGAAGGGGCCCAGUACUCACACCUCCUUCAUGCUUCCUCCCCCCCCCCCCCCCCCCCCC